UGAGGAUCAAAGAUGGAAAGGGAGGUUUGGUUGAAUUGUAUGGCGUAACUCAUAUUAGGAUGUAGAAGUGUUAGAUAAAAACAAAACACACACGUAUAAAAUGUUAUUUUUUAAUAGUUGGAGAUAUUAAACGGAAGAAGAAAAUUUAAGUAUUAUCAUUCCUUGUAAGUUGUUUAUCUUGUAUUUUCACAAUUUAAGAUAUCUGAAUUUGGCAUUAAUCCUUGCUGGAUUUACUCGUGUCAAGAGUCAUGAUUUACGACCUCUUCCAACUAAUAAUGGUAGUAAUGAUAUAAUAUAGUACAGCAACGACAGUGUAAGUUCAAUACAAGUUUAUGUAUAUAUAUAUAUAUAUAUUUGAAGGCCUGAGUUAGUACUAUUAGUUUUAACUUUAGUCUAUACUGCUGAUUUAUUUUUUAGUAAGACGUAAAUUUAAAUUUUAAGUGCUUGAUCGUCUAUAACUUGGGUAUAAUUAGAUACUUUCAUAUUAUUAGUAUUACUAAAAUAUUAGGAUUGAGAAAUGAACUAUUGUUAUCAUCAUCCUACUCAUACUAGUCAUAGUAUCGGUAGUUCUAAGUAAAGUAGUACAAUCGUGCUGUAAUUUGAAAUUGAAUGAGCCAUAUUAAACUAGUUUUUAAAGAAAUAUUUUUGUUAAAUGAUAAAUAAAUACUGCAUUCAGACCACUGAUAGUAAUACAGGUUUAUAUCUGACUUUUUAGUAACUAUAACAAAUAUAUGUAAAACAACUAAUUUUUGCUAUUGUGUAAUUAAUAUAUUUACUGAUAUAUUGAGUGUUUGUAAAGACCUAUGAAUUAUGAAACUGUUAUAGGCUAUAUUUUUAAUAUUUUAAUUUAAAUAUUUUGUAUUAUUUGCUAGAGAGAGAGAGAGAGUUUUGAUGUUUAGUACUGAUGAUGUUUGAUGCCUGAAAAUUUCCUGAGUGUCUAGAUUUGUGAGGUUUGGAGAAAAACAAAUAUUGUAUAUAAACAGAGCCACUGUGUUUGUUAGUCAGUCAGGCAGUUAACCACAAAGACUUCACCGGAGAUGAGUCAAUCUGCCGGAGAGCCUAAAGUUUCUGUCGAGAUCAUUUCCAGAGUAUCAACAAGGAUGAAGCUGCCAGUAUAUUCCCUCUACUAUCUACCUGGAGAGAACUUCUCCAGUCAUGAGACAGCAAGUGAUGAUAAAGAACAAGAGGUUUAAAGCUACCAGCCAUCCAUGAGUUAAAAUGGGCAAAUUGCUCUCCAAGAUAUUUGGUAACAAAGAAAUGAGAAUCCUUAUGCUAGGAUUAGAUGCUGCAGGAAAAACAACAGUUUUAUACAAAUUAAAACUAGGCCAAUCUGUUACAACUAUACCUACAGUGGGAUUCAAUGUAGAAACUGUAAAAUACAAAAAUGUGAAGUUCAAUGUAUGGGAUGUUGGUGGCCAAGACAAAAUCCGCCCAUUAUGGAGGCAUUACUAUACUGGAACUCAGGGUCUUAUUUUUGUAGUAGACUGUGCAGAUCGAGAUAGAAUAGAUGAAGCUCGUCAAGAGCUACAUAAAAUAAUCAAUGAUAGAGAAAUGAGAGAUUCUAUUAUUCUCGUGUUUGCUAAUAAACAAGAUUUACCUGAAGCAAUGAAACCCCAUGAAAUACAAGAAAAACUUGGACUUACUCGUAUUCGUGAUCGGAACUGGUAUGUUCAGCCUUCCUGUGCAACAACUGGUGAUGGUUUAUAUGAAGGACUUACCUGGCUCACAUCAAACUAUAAAUCUUGAGAAAGUACAAGGAUAAAAAAGGAACAGCAAGAACAAUGGAUAUAAAAGAUUUCAAGAACACAGGCAAUACUUACGAGUGAUACAAGGGUAGUAGAAUCGUUGUGAUGGUAAGUACUUAUUAUGUGGUAAUUAAAAAGAAAAUAUUAGUAACUAAUUAAUGAUUAGCAUAAAGUGACCAUUUAGGCUACUAAACAUGACAACGAUUGGUAGCUGAUUGGCUCAAAAAAUAUGCAAUAGAAAGAAAUUCAAAAACUGAAGCAAAAUAAAAGCCUUUCAAAUUAUUUUGAAAUAAGAAUGUAUAGCUGUCUAGAGUGUUCUUCUUUUACCAGUGUACAUUUCCAUCAGGAUACUGUUUGAGACAUUUCUGUAUGGGAACAUUAGUGAAGCAAGUUUUCUCUUACAUACACUGUUAAUAUGCACCUAUUAUUAAUACAGAUGUGUUUGAAAGAUUUUUGUUCUUAUGUUUUAGGUGUAAUCAUAACUUGAUUUUUUUGUACUUAGUAAAUAUCCUGUUGAAAUGUUUUAUUUAAAGACAGUAGUCAUUGCUAAUCAAGUUCUCAUGACAUAAUUUACUUUAGUAGAAUUUCUGAAUAAAAUAAAGUUUUCAUAUUUAUGAGUUUUAAUAUUAUUUUUGUCAGUUAUUUAAACUAAGAUAAGUUUUAGUGAAUAGUAGCAAAUUCCUUUAAAGUAAAAAAACAUAUAUAGUAAUUAUUCUGAAAUAAUUAACACAGUUCAGGAUUUUUUUUUAAUUUGGUUAUCAGACAUAUAACCUGUAUUUUGAGGGUGAACUGAACUAUUUUAUUUAACUUGUUACUUUUUUCAAGAAUGGUAAAUUACAGAUGAUUUCACGGUUCCUUUCAAUUUAAAGAAAGAUAGUUGCCAUGAAGAAAUAGCUGUAUACAUACAUAAAUUUAUUUAAUUUUCAGUGAGGUAUUAAGAAGCUGAACUGUGUAUGCAUUAUAAGUAACUUGCCUACUAAAAAUUAGUUUUUAAUAUUGCAAGAAUUAGAAUAUAUAGACUAAAUAGUAGUAAUUAUUUGGAAUGUUAAAAAAAAAUCAGUGUAGUGAAAUAUUCUAAACUCAUAUUCAUUGUGCGGGUUAGAAUGUUUUUUUUAUCUUCCGAAGAAUUCAAAACCUAUGUAGUCUAUUAUUCAUCCCGCUUUUAUAAAAUAAAGCUAUUUUAAUGCUUUCUUUGUGACUUAUUUCCACGCACACAAGCUAACAAAUGCUAUGUGUUUAGGUACUAUGUGUUACAUUAAACAAUAAUUAACUGGUAAGUAGGACAACAGAUC